AUGAACCGGCAGCUGGUCAAAAUUUUGACAGCCUUGCUUGCAGUAUUCUAUGAUUCUAAUCAUUUCAGGGUGGCUUUCUGCAAAGAACAUGAUUCCAGGUCUGCAAAAUCCCCUCCACAGAGCAUGUCUCCUUCAGAUUUUUUGGAUAAAUUAAUGGGAAGAACAUCAGGAUAUGAUGCAAGAAUUAGACCAAACUUUAAAGGUCCUCCAGUAAACGUUACUUGCAAUAUUUUUAUAAACAGUUUUGGAUCAGUCACAGAGACCACAAUGGACUACAGAGUGAACAUAUUUUUGAGACAAAAAUGGAACGACCCACGAUUGUCUUAUAGUGAAUACCCUGAUGAUUCUUUGGAUUUGGACCCUUCCAUGUUGGAUUCUAUUUGGAAACCUGAUUUAUUCUUUGCUAAUGAAAAAGGAGCAAACUUUCAUGAUGUCACAACUGAUAACAAAUUACUGAGGAUUUUUAAAAAUGGAAAUGUAUUGUAUAGCAUCAGGUUGACUUUAACCUUGUCAUGUCCAAUGGACUUGAAGAACUUUCCUAUGGAUGUACAAACUUGUGCAAUGCAAUUGGAAAGCUUUGGAUACACAAUGAACGACCUUAUAUUUGAAUGGCUGAGUAAUAACCCAGUACAAGUUGCUGAUGGUUUAACAUUACCACAGUUUAUACUGAAAGAAGAAAAGGAACUCGGCUACUGCACUAAGCACUACAACACAGGAAAAUUUACAUGCAUUGAAGUGAAAUUUCACUUGGAACGUCAAAUGGGUUAUUACUUAAUUCAGAUGUAUAUCCCCAGCUUGCUGAUUGUUAUUCUGUCUUGGGUGUCAUUUUGGAUCAACAUGGAUGCUGCUCCAGCUAGGGUUGCACUCGGUAUUACCACAGUACUUACAAUGACAACUCAGAGUUCAGGAUCCAGAGCUUCACUUCCAAAGGUAUCAUAUGUGAAAGCCAUUGACAUCUGGAUGGCUGUGUGCCUAUUGUUUGUGUUUGCUGCCCUGCUGGAAUAUGCAGCAGUGAAUUUUGUGUCAAGGCAGCAUAAAGAGUUCCUGAGACUACGAAGGCGACAGAAAAGACACAGCAAGGAAGAUGAUAUGGUUCGUGAGAGUCGUUUUAACUUUAGUGGAUAUGGUAUGGGUCACUGCCUACAGGUCAAAGAUGGUACUGCAGUAAAAGCGGCACCUCCAAACCCUCCUCCUGUUCAACCAAAAGAUGCAGAAUCAAUUAAAAAGAAAUUUAUCGAUCGUGCAAAAAGGAUUGAUACAAUAUCCCGGGCUGCCUUCCCAUUGGCUUUCCUCAUUUUUAACAUCUUUUAUUGGAUUACAUACAAAAUCAUACGGCAUGAAGAUGUUCUCAAAAAAUAA